AGGAGCAUACAUAAUAUUUUACUGUGUACUUCUCGGACCGUAUCGCGCACGAGUUGGGGUUGAAAAAAUGAAGUCCCUGUUGGUGUCGUUCAUGCUCGUUUUGUGUGCAGAUGCCGAGCUGAGAGGCCGCAAAGGUAAGACUGCGAUUUCUGGGCCACGCGUGGAGGAUUUGAAGAAGGACAUUCAUCCAAAAGGGCGGAAAAGCUCAGGGGUUUUGUGCAUCUUUAAAGACAAGACAUUCAAGCCAGGAGACAGUUGGCAUCCUUUUCUCGAGCCCUUUGGACUCAUUCUGUGCAUACGCUGCUUCUGCACUGAGAGAGGCCAUGUGAAAUGCAGUACAAUUAAGUGUCCUCCUCUGCCUUGUGGCAAGCCAGUCGCCGACCCACAGCAGUGUUGUCCACGUUGCACAGAUGAGCCCAAGAUCCCUGCAGGUCUGAGAGCUCCAGUGAAGUCGUGCAGAUAUAAUGGAAGUGUCUAUCAACCAGGAGAGACCUUCACCAAGCAUAACCUCCCAGCCAAGCCAAGCAACCAGUGUGCCAUGUGCUCAUGCUCUAAUGGAAACAUCUUCUGCGCAGUUAAAAGUUGCCAACCAAUCAGAUGCUCCUCCCCGGUCACACUUGCAGACACCUGCUGUUUGGUGUGUAAAGACCUCAGCACCAGUGGGUCGUCAUCAGCAGAGGAUGGAAACCAGCAGCUGAACAGAGGCGUUAGACAUUCAGUGGACCAGUGUUCUGGAGAGCUGGAUAGAAUACAGUCCCCCCGGGUCAGGACUUCUCCCAGACGCGUGAGCCUGAAUAAACUUAACUUCAGAGGGGCUUCAGAGACCACUGUGAAGAUUUUGUUGCAGAGGAAACAUGAGAAAGCGUGUUUAUACAAUGGCAAGACAUAUUCGCAUGGAGACAUGUGGCACCCGGUUUUGGGGAAGGUCCUGGAAUGCAUCGUGUGCUCUUGUAGCGACGGCCUGCAGGAGUGCAAACGCAUCACGUGUCCCAGCCAGUAUGCGUGCCAACAUCCGGUCAAGUCACCAGGAAAAUGCUGCAAGACGUGUUCAGAACAUAAAGUUGCAAGUAACCAGACUCGGUGUAACUUGGGCUACAAAAGUAAACUUUUGGUGUAUAAAGUGGAAUCAGCUUUGAAAGUUGACUCCCCCAACACAGUUCGGAUAAUGGCUAUUGAAAGAACAAGUACUGCUGAGGUGGAGGUACAAGUGUGGAAGAUGGUUGAUGGUAUUUUACAACUGAUGGAAAUUGGAGAUGUUCAAAGGAAAGAUAUUCAGGAUCAUCCUGAAAAUUACACAUUACUGACAACAGUUGAUGAAGAGAUGUGGGGGAAAUUCAAAGAGGGAGGGGCCAAACUGGAUCAAGCCCAGACCAUUUGUGAAGAUGGCAUUCGGGAGAUGGUGAUGUUUCUCGAUCCCAAGCAGGUCGAAGGCCUGUGCUCGCCCUAACAUGCUUUCUGUAUUGAAUUGUGACUGGACAGUUUUGGGACUUUAUUAAUGCAUACUUAAACUGCAUGGAAAUAAUUUGCUAUUCCAAGAUAUGGGGCCACCAGCUACUUGGUAUGUAAAAUUAUUAUUUUUUAGUAUACAUAUUUAUUGUAAAUUCUACAUUUUCUUACAUGAAGUCAAGUCCUGUUAUUAGUAGACCAUUCAUACUGGCCAGCAGGGGGCAACUGCUAAAUGAAUAAACUUGUGAAAAGUGAAAAGGACUUUCAAGGCGCCAAUUUAGCUAUGAUAUGCUGUGAUAUAUUAACCAGAGAAAUUAGCACAGUUAAAUAUUUUCCAAAUUACAUUGGAACCUUUCGGGUUGAAAACAAUCGGUUCGUUACAUGUUGCAUGGUGUUUUAGUGGUUAGCACGUUUGUCUUACAGCCAGGUAAUCCGGGUUCAAACAUCCUUGUGCUUGUUCUUCCCAUGCUUGCAUUGGGGUUCUAGUGG